AUGAAGCUGGGCACGGCUGCAGGCUGCUGGCUCCUCCUGACGCUGACGUCUGCGGUGCUGACGAGGACACGGGCAGUUCCUGUGCCCAGUCCCCUCAGCGCCCACCCAGAUGCCAGGGACUGUGACAUGGCCCAGUUCAAGACUCUGGCCCCACGGGAGCUGCAGGCCUUCAGGAAGGCCAGAGACGCCUUUGAGGAGUCCCUCUUGCUCAAGGACCUCGAGUGCCGCUCCCCGCUCUUCCCCAGGCCCUGGGACCUGCGGCAGCUGCAGGUGUGGGAGCGCCCUGUGGCCUUGCAGGCAGAGCUGGCCCUGACGCUGCGGGUCCUGGGGACCAUGGCCAACUCGACCCUGGGGGACGUCCUGGACCAGCCCCUUCACACGCUGGGCCACAUCCAGUCCCAGCUGCAGGCCUGUGCCCUGGCUCAGCCCACAGCAGGCCCCAGGCCCCAGGGUCGCCACCGCCACCGCCUGUCCCACUGGCUUCAGAGGCUGCAGCAGGCCCCCGAGAAGGAGUCCCCCGCCUGCCUCGAGGCCUCUGUCACCUUCAACCUCCUCCGCCUGCUGAUGCGCGACCUGAAGUGUGUGGCCAGUGGACACCUGUGCGUCUGA